GUGUCUCCCUUCUUAACGACAGGAGUUUAGUUACAGGCGAUUAGUGCCUGCCUUUCUCAGCACAAAGCCUCCCUCCCUAACAUCCCAGGCCUGAAGAAGGAGAAGAAAUAUAAGGGGAAAAAAUAACAUUGUCAUUUUUUAGCCUGGGAUCUGGUGUGUGUUCUAAAAUGUCCCUUACUGAACCACCCUGGACUAUAAGAAAGGAAGCGAUGGAUGCAGUGGUCAGACGAGUAAUCUCCACGUGGAGUACAGUUUUGAGCAAUAUUAUGUAAUCAGAUCAGCCCGAAUCAAACUUUAUCGGUGCUGCUGGGGCUGUUGCAACGUUACUGCAGACAUCGACCCGGGCCUCGCCAGGAUUAUAGACUUUACAGCCCAGAAUUUUCCCUCCAGUUAUUUUCUUAACCAGUGGGAUGAGGCUGAAAUGGGAAUGUUUCCGUUAACCCCAGCCUGGGUCUGAAGGGGCGGUUGGCCCUUCGGAGUUUGUGGUGAAUUUCAGAGCCUCCGUCCCCAGGGGAGUUCAUGCUAUGGCAGCGGCCUAUAGGCUUGUCGUCACGUCUGUGAACUGUUACAGCAGCGUGGUGAUAGACUGUCACUUUCGGCACACGGUGCACUACUGCGCCGGGACCUGCCAGGUGUUCAGGCGAGGAGUGGCGUGCAUCGUGGCCCACCGCGGAAUCUGUGCAGAGCUACUUCACGUCCCUGCGUCCAAUGCCAAAGGGGCAGAUCUCGACCAGAGACUUCCAGCUCCUGAGCACAGGCUGUCUUUGCCUGGGAAUGAAGACUAUCAGCAGAUCCUCCCAAGCAAUCCCCGGCUCAAAAAGGGGUUGUCUUUGCAAGCCAGCUGCAGUCUCAAGGACAUCACUGGGGAAGCGAUAAACCUGGCCAGUGGUAAAAUAAAGGAAUUCUCCUUUGAAAGGCUCAGAAGCUCUUCCAGCCAUGUGACCUACCGAAAGGGAAGGAAAGUGAGAUCAGAAACAUUCAGCAGACGGUCAUUUGAUUUUGAUCUGAUUUAUGGACACUUUAGCAAUGAGGAGAAUUGUCCUCCCUUUGGCUUGCCGCAGACUCCCUCCGCUGGGGAGAAAUGGCAGGCGAGCUGCAGUUCCCCAGAGGGAAACGUGAGUGCUGCCGCUUCCCUCUCCACCCAGCCCUUCUCUGAAGAGAGCUUUAUCACCCAGAUUUUGGAAAAGCACAAGCUGGACAGCUCUUCUGGUGGAGAUAUCAAAGUGUGUCUGGACAUUCUGCUCAAAUGCUCCGAGGACCUGAAAAAAUGUACCGAUAUCAUCAAGCACUGCAUCAAAAAGAAAUCGACAGGCGAGACCAGUGGGGCCAAUGAUAAUGACCCCUUGCCCAGCUCUGAGAUGAUAUAUAAGAAUUUGAUGACUAGAUUUUCUUCCUACCUGAAAAAGCUCCCCGUUGAUCUAAAGCAGCCCAGUCACUUGGAACUCAGUGAGCUGGCAGAACUGGUGACCAGUUUGCAUGGGUUGCAGCAGGCUCCCUUUUCCCCAAUAUUCGGCAAUGAGCAACCUCCUCGAUACGAGGAUAUUGUGCAUUUGCCACCCACCAUGACAAGACCCUCUCCUGCUGUAGAACUGCAAGAGGGCCAGCAUGAGAUUGGCACAUCUGGCACCCCAAAACCUGUCCAAACCAACGCCGGGGGCUUUACCUCAGACUCCUUCCACAAUGCCACACAGCAGAACAACUCUCAAACUGUGAAAAAUGUUUGUACUGUAUCUCCAUUACUAGCAGCAAGCCCUUCCAACUGCGUGUCUUCCACAGAAACACUCUACAUUGAAGAGGAGUCAGAUGGGGAGGUAGCACUAGGGAAGGAAAAGAGGACAGAAAGCAAAGGUAGCUGGGAGAGUUUAGAGACCAGCCAGCAGAAAAUUGGAAGUUCAGAUUUUACUGUAGUCCAUAAAGAGGCCAGAGUGAACACGGAAGCUCUCGCCCAGGCCUCUGAGAAGGACACUGGUUCUACACAAGUGGUUGAUUCUCUUAAGAGUGAUUCCAGGGAUAACGCUUCUUCAGGAGAACAAAGCAAAUCAAGGAAAACCAACCAGGAUGAGAUAGAUAAGCUGCUGUUGGAGUUGGAGCACUUUUCACAGAAAAUGGAGAGCACACUGAAGGAGCCCACCACAAAGCAGAAUGAUCCUGCGUGUUUGAAGAGCCUUGGCCAACAAGGUGGGAAGGUCCAACCUCUAACACCUGAAACCAAAAAUAAAGUCUGUUUAUUCCCUGACAAGACCUCUCCUUCCCCUUUAUCAAAGACCUUGGAAACCAAUGGCCACAAAAUGGAGGAAGACGACAAAGCCCUUCUAAUGCGUAUCCUGGAAAGUAUUGAGGAUUUUGCCCAGGAAUUGGUGGAAAGCCAAAUGGGCAAAGGAAGUUUAUCCAAAGAGAAGGAAAUGAUGCAAAUUCUUCAGGAAACCUUGACCACUCCCUCUCAGUCCUUCCCAGCUGUACAGAGAACUGGUACAAGUGCCACAACCAAAGACACUGUCCCCACAUUGAUUCAGCAGGCCCCAGAGGUGAUCAAGGUUCAAAGUAAGCAAGAAAAGAAGCCUGGGACUCCAUCCCCAGCCCCUUUGAAGUCACCAGCCAGCCCACGACCUCUUGUGCCUGUGAAUAAAGCCGUUGCCAAUGCCCCUGUGUCCAUAAACAUUCCACGUUUCUACUUCCCCAAAGGGCUUCCCAAUGUCUGCGCCAAUCCGGAGGAGACCAUUGCCAGCAUCGAGGCAUGCUUUACUGCCUUGGAAGAUAUGAGAGCCAACAUUUAUGAAAUGGGAAAGAUUGCCAAGGUCUGUGGCUGCCCUCUGUACUGGAAAGCCGCCAUGUUCAAUGCAGCAGGGGGAGAAAGGACGGGAUUUGUGUCUGUACGUUCGUUCGUAGCUAUGUGGAGACAAUUACUUCAGAGCUGCCAUGAUGAUGCAGCCAAAUUCCUGUACCUUUUAGCAAAACCCAACUGCGACUACCUAGAGCAGGAAGAUUUCAUCCCGCUACUUCAGGACGUGGUUGAGACGCACCCUGGCCUGACGUUCUUGAAGGAUGCUCCAGAAUUCCAUUCCCGCUACAUUACUACGGUCAUACAGAGAAUAUUCUACAUGGUCAAUAGAUCUUGGUCUGGGAAAAUUACCCUAACAGAGAUGAGGAAAAGCAACUUUCUGCAAACUCUUGCCCUUUUGGAGGAAGAGGACGACAUAAACCAAAUCACAGACUACUUCUCCUACGAGCACUUCUAUGUCAUCUACUGUAAAUUCUGGGAGCUGGACACUGACCACGACCUCUACAUCAACCAGAAGGAUCUGGCUAGGUACAACGAUCAUGGUGAGUUGCUGCGCCAGGCCAGGGCAUGGGCUGGGGAUGGUGGGAACUGGAACCUGGCUCACACGGCUCCGCUCUCCGGCGCCCCAGGUAAUAUUGUUGGCUUCUGCACCACUGCCAACAGGAAAAGACGAAACCUCUUCUUGCUCCUUAGCAUUGAAUACUGGUUCCGGUGCCUGGACGUGGAUGGGGACGGUGUGCUGUCCAUGUAUGAACUGGAGUAUUUUUACGAGGAACAGUGUGAGCGGAUGGAGGCCAUGGGCAUCGAGCCGUUGCCAUUCCAUGACUUACUAUGCCAGAUGCUGGACCUGGUGAAGCCAGACAGGGAUGGAAGGGUGACACUGCGAGACCUGAAGCGCUGCAGGAUGGCUCACGUGUUCUACAACACCUUCUUUAACUUAGAAAAGUACCUGGACAACGAACAGCGGGAUCCCUUUGCGAUACAGAAGGAUGUUGAAAACGAUGGGCCGGAGCCCUCAGACUGGGAUAGAUAUGCUGCGGAAGAGUAUGAACUCCUUGUUGCUGAAGAAUCUGGAAAUGAGCAAUUACAAGAAGGAUCAUUUGAAGAGGACUAUGAAACAGAUGAACUUUUAACUCUCCCUGAAACUGGAGACAAGUCAGACAAACUAGUUAUCUCGGAUCUUUCUUCAUAGAUAAAAGGAAGAUAUGUAACUAGUAUCUUCAGUAUUUAAAUGGAGAGUCCUUAGACAUUUAGGGAUUUUUUUUUAAAAAUCCUUCCUUGAGGCAAAGUGCUUUAUUUUAUACACUGUAAUUCAGGAUCCCUUUUUUCUUUCAUGUGUAACUGCCAGAUAAUUUCUAUAAAAAGGCUUUUGCAAAUUGUUA